GUCGCGACUCCACCUCACUUGUAACAACGGCAGCCUGAGCACCCAGGUGGACUGGCAUUUUACACCCAGUCCCCUUGGACCCUCACGGUAGGUCUUGUCAUUUCCAUGACAUUGAGUUUCAACGAAGUUCAGGAACUUGGCCAAUUUCACACAGCCGCCCAAUGGCAGAACAAGAAUUCCAACCUGGGUCAGGCCCACACCCCGCCCACACAACCGGGGUCAGCAGACACCAGAUCGCGGAAGUUCCGGGAGUUCACGCACACCAAGACCAUUCAACAUUCUUACCCACACACUUGCUCACAAGGACACACCCACUCGGAUAUACAAACACAAACAGAGCCACAGUUACCGCGGAAUUCAGCAAGUAUUCGGCCUGCAGUUCUGCUGCCACCGGUACCCGCCGCUUUCCCGAAGUCAGCGAUGCUUGUUCACCGUCCUCCCACCUCCUAGCGGGACCGUUUCAGAGAACUACAACUCCCAAGCAGAGCCUCUUCUCAUCACCAACGGGAACGGCCCGUGCGCACAGCUUUCUGGGACUUAUAGUUCUAUCCAGAACGCUGAUUGCCGCUUGUCCUCCGGCUUCCGCGGAAGACUCCGUGUCCCAGCAUGCUGCAGAGCCGGAAGAACAACACUCGGAAGGCAUCCCGCCGCCGCCUGGGGCGCGCAGGCGCAGCACAGCUGUUUGUCGGCGCCAGAGAAGGGAGGAGGUACGGUCGUGGCCAAGACCGGGGCAGCCGGAGCCGACCAGACCUGACUCGAGCCCAGAGUUAGGCUCCAGUCCCGCGCGGACCGUAGGGCCCCAGAGUGGAUGGAGUAGGCCGAACCCUGAGAUCAACCCCAGCUUGUUCGGCCUGGCGUGGGGCCGACAGAGCGGGCAGGCGUGCCGAAGCCUCCCAGGGCCUUUCCUUCAGGUCCCCGGCGAGGGGCCUAAGCCCCGGCCCCGCGACCAGGCCCGGUUUGGCCCUUUGGGACCAGAGCCGAUCCGACCGGAAGUGGAGCCUUCACCGAGGCCAUAGGCCAGUGACUAGGCCAGACCCGGGCCUCCCGUCGGGGCUGGACGGGGACGAGGCCCCGGGGAGGCCCCUAGCCCGCUAGACCUUUCCCUCAGGCUGACGCCCGCCAGGAAGAUGCAGCGCGCCCUACCGGGCGCCCGCCAGCACUUGGGGGCCAUCGUGGCCAGCGCCAGCGUGGUGGUGAAGGCCCUGUGCGCGGCGGUACUAUUCCUCUACCUGCUGUCCUUCGCCGUGGACACGGGCUGCCUGGCGGUCACCCCAGGCUACCUCUUUCCUCCCAACUUCUGGAUCUGGACCCUGGCUACCCAUGGGCUAAUGGAACAGCAUGUGUGGGAUGUGGCCAUCAGCCUGGCCACAGUGGUGGUGGCUGGACGUUUGCUGGAGCCCCUCUGGGGGGCCUUGGAGCUGCUCAUCUUUUUCUCAGUGGUGAACGUGUCUGUGGGGCUGCUGGGGGCAUUCGCCUACCUCCUCACCUACAUGGCUUCUUUCAACUUGGUCUACCUUUUCACUAUCCGCAUCCAUGGCGCCCUGGGCUUCCUAGGUGGUGUCCUGGUGGCACUCAAGCAAACCAUGGGGGACUGUGUGGUCCUGCGAGUGCCCCAGGUGCGCGUCAGCGUGGUGCCCAUGCUGCUGUUGGGGCUGCUGCUACUGCUGCGGCUGGCCACGCUCCUCCAGAGCCCAGCUCUAGCCUCCUAUGGCUUUGGGCUGCUCUCCAGCUGGGUGUAUCUUCGCUUCUACCAGCGCCAUAGCCGAGGCCGAGGGGACAUGGCCGACCACUUUGCUUUCGCCACCUUCUUCCCUGAGAUCCUGCAGCCUGUGGUGGGGCUGUUGGCGAACUUGGUACAUGGCCUCCUGGUGAAGGUAAAGAUAUGCCAGAAGACAGUGAAGCGCUAUGAUGUGGGUGCCCCAUCCUCCAUCACCAUCAGCCUCCCAGGCACAGAUCCUCAAGACGCAGAGCGGAGAAGGCAACUGGCCCUGAAGGCCCUCAAUGAGCGGCUGAAGAGAGUAGAGGACCAGUCCAUCUGGCCAAGCAUGGACGACGAUGAAGAGGAGGCUGGGGCCAAGGUGGACAGCCCCCUGCCCUCAGACAAGGCCCCCACACUCCCAGGGAAGGGGGCUGCCCCAGAAUCCAGCCUGAUCACCUUCGAGGCUGCUCCUCCAAAGCUGUAACUCCAAACCACCUUGAGUGUAGCACCUCCUCUCCCAAGCCCCCCUUGACAUCCUCUCAGCUACUCCAGGGCACUGACUGCUCUGAGGAGAGGGAAGAAGGCAUGCUAGGGGUUUCCACAGCCUUCUGCUAUUUCUCGCCAACACUACCCAGGACUCUUGCUACCUGGUUCCAAGUCCAGACAACCACUAUGCCAGGCAUGAGGCCUCUGAGGCAUCUGCCAGCCCAGGCCACCUGAGGUAAGACUGUAUCUCAGCAGGCAGCCCCAAGCAAGUGGCUGCAGGGACACUGGUGCCACAGCUCCUGGGCCAGCCCUUAUGCCUGAAAUUGGUUGCCGAGAGCCCUGAGCCAAGGCAAGGGAUUUGCCAAAAACAUUCUGGGGGUCCAGCCAGUGCAGGGCUGCGCAUCCCCCCCCACCCCCAGAAAGACUAUGCUCAUAUCAAGAUUCCUGAGUCCCUCUGCUGUGGCCAUGGCUGCUUCUGAGCCAGAAUAGCCACAGCUUCCAGGUAUUUUCUACAGGACCACUUGAGUGGGCAGCCAAGCCCAGCCUCGCAGUAUCAAUAAAGCAGUUCUUUGAGGUA